AUGAGUGCAACACUCGCACGAAAACCACUGCAAGAUAUUUCCAAUAAGGUUCAUCAACAUCGGAAGAAUAGUGUCGUUCAAAGCAUGGAAGAUCGAAAGAAAAAUUCCCAACUCUCUGCAAACAGAAAGUCGAUGCUUGAGGGCGACGAACCUGUUGCCUUCAACACUCCAGGGUCAUUCGGGUCGUUGGCUUCCGAACUGGAAGAAUUAUCAGAUUUAAACGAGUUUUAUGAAGAUGUGUCCUUUGAAUUGAAUGAAAAGAUGAGCAAAUCAUUAGAAAGGGAACUGGAAAAGAAUGCUAAAUUGGAACUGCAGUCAGAACGAGAUCGAAAACAAAUAACAGAGUUACUCUCCGAAAAUAAGGCUUUGAAUGCGACCAUCGAACAAUUAAAACAAAAAGCAGCCACCAAAACCGAAUCAGAGUUGAGAAAUCAAUUGAAGGCCAUGAGCGAUAAAAUAGGUAAACUUGAGAAGCGUCUCGAAGUUGAAACCCAACAGAAAGAAAAGCUUAAUGCCAUGCUAAUCAAGAGAGAGAGCGAAAAAGCAAAAGCCAAUUCUGUGAUAGAGGACACAACAGCAAAGAUAACCAAGAAGUUUCAGGAACAAAUCAGCUUGAAGGAUGAAAAGAUUGAGAGGUUGACCAAAGAUAUCGAAAAAGAAAGGAAAUCCAAGCAGGAGUGUGAGUUGAAACUUUCUGAAAUUCAAAAACAGAUUGAUGAUUUGAGGCUAAAAUAUACACACACAAGUGAAGAAUUAGAAACGUCGAACAAACUUGUAGAGAUCUUAGAUGCAAAGUUGAAAAUUUCUAAUGACCGGUGCAAAGAUUUGGAGGAGCAACGAAAGCAAGGCGAGCUUAAACGCGAAGAGGAAAGCUCAGAGCUUCUUGCAUUGCGUGAAGAAAUGAGCCAUCUCUGUGAGUCAGUCCUUAAGGAAAAGCUUGAGUGUGAAAAGAAAUCUCAAGAGAUUUCAAAACUCUCGUCAACACAAGAAAAGCUGGAGACAGAAAACGACAAACUUUCUCAAAAUAUCCGAGCCUUAGAAGCAGAGAAUACCGAGCUGAAAAAUUUGGUUGAAAAACUUGAACAUCAAAUCGAUGAGAUGGGCAACGAAAUUGAUAAUUCGACCAAGGAAUUCCAAGAGAUAAAAGACUCCUUUUCGAAACGAGUAGAGGAACUAGAGCAACAGUUGGCAAUGAAAGAGGAGGAAGUGAGCGAAAUGAGGCAAAAAGAGGAGAGAACAAUGUUCCAAUUGAAAGAAUUGGACAUAUUUGUGGAGCGUACAAAAAAGAAGAUCGAGAAGGAGAGAGAGAGAACAAAAGAGGCUGAAGAAAGAGCAAAUUCAGAGGCAGCCAAGGCCAUGCAAAUGAUUAAUAGAAAUAACUCAUUGCUGAAGAAGUUAGAUGCUCUCACUAAAAGCAAUUAUGAAAUGGCUGAUGAAAUCAAAGAUAAAGAAGAUUUGCUGAUACGUUUUAAGAACUACACGGAAGAGGUCGAGGCAUCGUUAGCAAAGAAAGAUUCUGAACUGGGAGAAGCAGUUCAAAGGUUGAAUGUCACACAUGAAGAAUUGCAAAAGGAGAAAGUAAAAUCGGAGAGAACAUGGAAAGAAUUGGAAGAGUCUGUUAAAAUGCUUAACCAACUUCAAAAUGAAAAGGAGAGUAUGGAGAAAAAGAACAGUCAUGCAAGGGAAGUUUUGGAAAUGAAGCUUUCGAACAAAGUCUCCAUGCUCGAGAAGAAGUGUGACUAUCUUAGAAAGCUAAACGAAAUGUCCACGCAACCAGAAUCUGACCAGAUUAAUGAGUUGAAACUAGUAAUUGAAAAAGUUACAAAAGAAAAUGACAAGCUUUCUGAACGUGCCACCGAUUUGGAAAUUUCCAUAUCCACGAACGAAUGCGAGAUGUUGAAGCAUUUGGAGAAAAUUCGUCAACUUGAAGAUCUAUUGAACAAUCAAGCAAAUAUGCAGUCCGCCUCAUUGAAGCCUACCGAUCUCAAGAAACGUCUUAUCAGCGUCGAAAAGUCACUUGAUGAAAUUUUGAUUGAGCUAUCAAUUGAAGGAAUCACCAUCAGCCAACUCUCACCUCGAGAAAAGGCAGUAAUAAUUUUAGAGAAAUUUAAUGACCUUAAGAAGGAAUGUGCCUCAUUGAUAAGUGUUAGAGACCAACAGCAAGCUGAAGUGCAACGUUUAAAAGAAUCGAAGGAAAAGACAGAGAAGCAAAUGAUGAUGUUGAAGGACUCUCUCACCUCCGAGGUUUUGGAAAGAAACGAAGAAUGUGUCAAGGAUUUGCAAGAGAGUUGUGAAAAUCUGUACAGAAAAAUCAACUCGGUUCUCGAAGAGAAGGAAUUCUCAAACUCAUCAGAACACCAUGUGGAUACAAAACUUUUGGACGAGUUGUUAGAGCUUGUGAUUUCCAUUCAAGUGAACAUGAAAAAGGUUAAAGUCCACUUCAACCAAGUGGACACUCUUCAAAGAGUGAUUGAAACACAAGAUAUAUUCAACAAGGAUUUCGUUCUUUUGUGUGGAGAACUCGAGAACAGAGUUAGAUCCCUCGUUGAAGAAAGAGACACCUUAAUCACUGCACAACUUCAACAAAAGGAUAAGGCUGUUUCUUCUGCAGUGAAGAAGAAGCUUGAUAAGUUAAUGUACAGACAUGUAGUGGUUCAAACAGAGCCCUCUUCGGUUGAAGAACAAGAGAUCCAAACUGUUUGCCACCUCGAAACGGAUGCAGCAGAGAGAGAAAAUCCCUCUGCAGAUUCUCUCUAUCAGGAGCAUGAAUCUCUUAAACAAAAGUAUCAGAAAUUAUUAGGCACUUGUCACAAAUACAAGAAGCUCAUGCUCAAGUUUACUCAAUUACAUGCAAAGGAAAAGAAUAGAGAAAAUUUGAAUCCAGAAGAACAUCACCACGAUCUUGAACCCAUCAAUUUAUCAAACUACUCCAAUCAUCAAGAAGAACAAGCUUCUGAAAACAACCAAGAGCAAGUGCCAUUGAUUCAUGCAUCCCUUCACAAACCUCUUCCUUCCAUGAAAUCAAUGUCACCCUCUCACUCUUCUCAUGCUUUGGAUCGUUCGAUGGACACUGGUCGAUCGAGCCCAGCUCAUUCUGUCAAUUCGGUUCGUUCCGUCUCCACCACCUUAAGUAUGGCGAGUGAAAAAAGCAGUUCUCUCUCCUCUAUUUCUGCAAAGAUCAAAAAGAAUGUUGCCACAGUCAAGGCAAAUUCAUAUCUGUCGAGUCACAUGAUGAUGAAUAAGAGCAAGGUCAAAUAA